UUCUCCCUUCUUUGAAAAUAGAUAUUUAUUCAAAGUGACCGCUCCUGCAACCGGAAGUAACUGUGAAAAAUGUAAACAAAGAAGAAAAAUACUAUGCACUAGUACAUGUAUAAUACAGCUGCAGCUGUCAUUCAAACAUUUAAUAAAAUGCCUUUGAAGAGAUUAGACUGCAAUGGUUGUCAUUCAGAAGAAAUACAGGACGAGCUGUUAGCAGAUGAUUCAGAUGCCUUUGACAAUAGGAGCUCAAGUUUAACCCUAGAAAUAGGCUUGGGAGACAUAAAUGAAGAACCAUCUACACCAUCAAGUCCAGGAUGUGUAUCAAUAGAGAGUAAUAGAGAAAGUGUGGGAUAUGUAAACUUUGAAGUUAUAUCUGCUGAAAGAAUCAAAGAUGGCAAUUCUACUUAUGUGAUAUAUCAAAUUUUAAUUUCUGGACAUGGAAUAGAAAAAACACCAGGUAUUUUACACAAAAGAUACUCUGAUUUUGAAAAGUUUAAUGUGAAGCUGAGGAAAAAGUUUCCAGAAAUAAUGGACAGUGUGUCAUUUCCUGGAAAAGUAUUAGUUGGUAAUUUCAAAAAUGAAACCAUUGCUAAGAGAAGCAGAGCUUUUGAACAAUAUCUGAAUCAUUUAAUGGGACUGAAUGAGAUCAGAUUUUCUCGAGAAACAAAGGAAUUUUUCUAUGAAACUGAAAUCAGUAACGCAAAUGAAAUGAUUGAUUCUAAGAAUUAUUCAGAAGCAAUAACAUUGUUGGAGAAAUGUCUGCCAGUGCAAGAAAAGCUAAUUGGAACCACCCACGUUGAUGUUAUCAAAACCUUAUGUGCUUUAGUGGUCUGUUAUCAGGCGCUGAAAGACUCUGAAAGAGCUUUGAAGUAUUCUACAAUAGGACUCUCCUGUAUGGAGGACACAAAGGACAACACUUAUUAUCUCCCCUUAUUACACACAUCCAUCUAUUUACAUUGGAUGCUGGGUAAAGAAAAAACUCAUUUAGAAGCCAAGCUUGGGGAAUUGAGAGACCAAGGAAUUGCCACAGAAACAAAUACAAAUUUGUUAGACACAGUGGUCAAGGAAAUCAAGAGUUGAUGAUGUCAACUAAAAAUCAAAUUACACAAAAUGUUCUGUGAUAAGGCAUAUGAUUGGUUAAAUUGGUGCUUAAUAGGAUUGUGUAUAUUUACAGGAGAUUUCUGUUGCUGUAUUUCAAAUUUCAGAAAUCUUAAAAGUAUAAAAUAGUCACAAGUUCAAAGUUAUGCACCUUCAUAUUUCAUAAAUUGUCAAAAAUAAGAUGAUAUUAUAGUUAAUAUAUACAUAUUUGCUUUGUGAAUGAAAUGUAAUUUAUAUAAUUAUAUACUUUAAAUAUGCCAGACAUAUUCUGAUUUGAUUGAAUCUCAUACAUAAAUUUAUAAUGAAAAUUGUGAAUAUUUUUUAUCCUAACUUUUAACAAGUGGCAAUAUAUCUUUUUACCUGUAUUUUACUGGUAAUUAAGAACAAGCAAUUAAGGGGAGUCCAUAUAUAACAGGCUAUUAUUUGAACUUGGAAUUAUUUUUGACUAUGGAAUUUGCUUCUUAUUAUUAAAUUUUUUAAUAAAUUCCAUGUUUUGUUUUGUACUGAAGUGUUCUGUGCUGCGCACAACACUUUCUAUUUCAAAGAAAAUAGUAUAUUCUCAAUAGAAUGUACUGUGCCGCACACAACGCUAUGUUACCAAAACACAUUGUAUGGAAAGUGUUAUUAACCACUCAACAGAUUAUGAUACCAAAUAAACAUGAAAUUCAAUAUAAAUUUUAAACACAAGAAAUCAAGCAAAUUCCAUAAUUAAAAAUAAUUCCAAGUUCAAUUAAUAGCCUUUUAUAUACAGUUUCACAUUUUCACUGUAUUUUUUUGUGAUUUUGACUUGGGUGUGUAGAUUAGUAUAAGAUCUUUGAAACUCAGAACAGAAAUUACUCUGCUGGUGUUCCAGAAGUAAAUGAGGUUAAAUAUUGCUAUUCUUUUGGUUUAAUUUGUUAACAACAUGAAGAUUUUCUCAUACUAUAAUCAUGUUAAUUAAGUUGUCAAAAUUCAAUAGUUCUAUUUGAAAUCUCUGAUACAUGUAAAUAGAAAGAUUUUUUUUUUACAUGAACUGCUAAUUGUUAUCUCCCUUUAAACUAUAUUAUACAUUAUUAUCUCCCCUUGAUUAAAACUUUUAGAUUUGACAUUGUUGAGCUAGAUUUACAAAUUGAAUCAUUGAACUUAUUUUGUACACUUAUCAUAUACAAAUUUGUAUUUUUUUUAGAUACAUGUAGCUAUAUGCUAGGUAAGAUGUUAAUGUCAGCAUAAUCAAAUGGUUGUAGAUCUAAGUAAGUCAGUUAUAUUCCAGAAAUUUUGGGAUUGUCUUUUUGUAUGAUUUUUUCUUUUUUAAAUUUUGUAAUAUUUGUAUUGGUUUGAUGUGUUGUCUCCUGAUUACUAGUCAGUUGUAAGGUUUGAUAACAAAGAUCAUAUAUUUUAUAUACACAAACUAUUAGUAAAUUUUGUAAUAAAAUCACUAAAUAUUGGAAUUACUGAUAAUAAAUUAGAUCUGUUGUUUACCUAAUGUGACCCUCAACAAAUCUAUGUAACACAAGACUCUGACCUAAUUCAAAGGUGGAUUUAGGGGAG